AUGCAUAGAAGCACUUCGCUUGGUGGACCGCUGAACGGUGGCAAAGAUCCCGUGAAGAAUGGGAGACCAACCCCCACUUCAUUUCUACGAAAACCUUCAUCACAGUUGCCCCAAUCGCUAAAACCACCAGCAGGAACUAGUGGCAGAAAUUCUACAUUACGAUCAUCAAGUCUAAGACCAAAAACCUCAGAUCCCAACUUCGCAAAAGUGGGAAAUCAGGAUAAUGAAAAACCUCUUAAGCAGCGAACCCCAAUCCGACCAAACUAUGCCACUCCCAUUGGAAGCGGGCAUGAAAGUAGUAGCGGAUCCCUAAAGCCAUUGAGACCAACACCUAGAAGCUUAAGUCUAGCGGGAACUGUGACCUCCGAUCGACGGCCUGUGAGUGGAAGAAGAAGUAUUACUGGUGCUGUAACAAGAAGCAUUACCAACGGAAUCAAUAGACCAGAUCACAGGGUUAAUGAUGAACUCAAAAAAUCAAAGAGUCCUACAACUGGCAGUGCCAAUGCGAAGGCUGUAAGUGGCAAAAACUUAUCAUCAAGAGAUCCAAAUUCUAGAAUAAGCGAGCCGAGAAAUGAAAUUUCAGAACAGAAAAUUAAUAACGAAAAUUCAGCAAAGGAAAAUGCGCCUGUUGAUGCUUCUAAUGAGGAACGCGAGAAAUUACAACGAAUCAUUUUAAAGCUCCAGGAGAAAAUCCGCUCCAUGAGUCAAGAAAUUGAAUCUUUUAAACAAACAAUCUCGAUUCUCGAAACUGAAAACUCUAAACUUAAAGAAACCGCGGAAGUGAAUGAGGAAAAUUUUGAAAUGUUAACCAUCGAUAAAGAGGUUUUAGAUGAGCAAAAUCAAUCAUUGACCGAUGGACUUGAAAGGUUGAACGAGAAAUAUUCCCAAUUAAAGAAAGAGUUAGAUCUUCUAAAAAUACAAGGUGGAAUAGCGACAAAAAUGGAGAAGAAGGAAGAAGAAGUUGGGGCUGAUGUGCUUGUGGAAAGAAAUGAAAAGUUAGAGAUUGCAUUGAUCAAAUUGCGUGAAGUUAGUAACUCCAAAGAGUUUGAACUCACUUCCCAAAUUGAAUUGUUAACUAAUCAGCUUGAGAGCUCUGAGGAUUAUAAACAGAAAUACGAAACUGUAUCACGAGAAUUGGAGCGAGCCCAGUUAUUGAUUGUCGAUUUGAAGUACCAGCUUGAUUCUUUACUUGAAUCAGCCGAUUUGAUCGAAUCUCUCACCGAAAAAAAUGACAACUUGACAGAAGCAAACACGAGAUUGAAACAAACUGUCGAAGAAUUGGAAGAUCUUAGAGAUUUGGCUAACGAUUUGGAGGAUGCCCACAUUCAGACAGAAAAAGAAUUAAAGAACGACAUUAAGCAACUACAGAAAGUCAUCGAUGGAGAAAAGAUCACUAUUGAAAAUCUCGAAAAGCAAACGAAAUAUUAUGAGACUUUAAUUAGUACCCAGAGACAAAAACAUGAGAAUGAAUUAAUUAAAACAAGAACAGAAUUCUCAGAUAUUUUGCAAAGCAACACAAUGGAAUCAAUUCAUGGUGGUGCUGAUGUUGAAAUCCUAGAAAAUAAGAUUAAUGAGUUGAAUUUGAAGAUUAGCAGGCUAAACUCCAUAAACUCUCAAAAUGAGUUACAAAAUAAAAUUUUGCACUUAGAUUACACUAAUGAGCAUAACCUUCUAGAAUUUUAUGAAAAAAGUUUUGAAACUGUCGUGGGAGAAAAUGAUCCUAAAAUUAAAAAUUAUGAGGACCUUGUCAAAUGUAUUCAACUUAUUCCUUCAAUAACUGAAGUUUUAGAUAUCAUAACGAAUAUGAUUUUCUCUAACGAUCUGAAUUCUACCUGCGAGAUGCUAUAUGGUGGGAAAGAUUUCAUGCAACUUGAAUCAUUUUAUCAAAUCCUUUUAACAAAGCUCAAAUAUGUUGAAGACACUGAGGACUAUUCUAAGAUUUUGAACAGUUUAUCUACAACAUACAAAUACUUGAAAGAUACUUCUAGUAAAAUUUCAAAUUCAGAACUUUCGGUGGGAAAGUUUUCUGAUGCAAUAUCUUAUGUGACCAACACAUUGGCGCUUGCAUUCCCAGAUUCAAAAGGUAAUGAUUUUGAAAGCUUUUAUAGGGAAAUUUUUGAUGGAUGGUCUAACUUUGAAUUCAAGAGUGUUGAUAGAUUGAGUUUGCAACUAUUGAAUAUUUUAUCCCACGCUAAAGUGUGUGUAAAAUAUCUUGGGCUUAUCAAUAGAUUUAUCGAAAAUGAUGUGACAAUUGCUUUAGAAACAGAUUCCAAAGAUGGUAUUGCUAACGUGACACGAGGGUUUAGCGACUUAUUGAAAAAUUAUCUUACUUUACAAAUCCUUUGCGAAAAUCAAUUGAGUGACUUAUCAUUCAAGAAAUCAAAAAAUCAAGAAUUAGUCGGUGACAUAGAAGAAAUAUUUUCAGGAAGCAUUUUUUUUAAAUCAAUAGGGCAUUUAACAGAAAUAACUUCGGAUUUGUUUAAAAUUGCCCUCAAAAUAGAGUAUGAAAACAAUUCUUUCACAGCUGAGCUUGAAGGCAAAGACUUUAAUUCUAUCUUGUCCAAGUUUCUUAAUGAUCCAAGUUUGCUCAAGAAUCAACGCUCUAAAAUCCAAUCGGUUAUUGAAUGCUUGUCAAACUUUCCAAAAUUUGCUACCAAAACUAUUGAUCAGAAACCUUUUUAUGAGAGAUAUUUUGAACAGCAUUUAUUAUCUAAUGAUAGCAGCCGUAAUGUUAAGGAAGUUGAAACUUUGAAUUCUCAAAUCUCAGAAUUAGCCAAUUCUUUCAAUGAAAAGGAUCAACUCAUUUCACAACUUACUUUGAAAAUCAACGUUUUGAAGAAUAAAUUGGGUAUUGAGGCUGAUAAGGAUUCUAAAAUUAAGGCGUUGGAACAAUCCAUGGAUCAGGCCGUCAAAGACCUUUCCAAACAGAAAAAAACAAUCGAAUCACUACUGGUGACGAAUAGACGACAAGCAUUAGAGUUACGGAGAAAAUUGAAGAACAAAAACUUAAUCGGCGAUUUUACCUCAAUCUUUGAAGAGAAGGAAUUUGUUGGCAAACUAACUUUGAUGUCCGAGAUCCAAGUUAUGAAAGAUGUGGUUGGUUAUUUGACAGUGCAACUUCGCGAGCAAAAACUGAAAUUGACCAGCUCAAUAUUCGGAUUACCUACGAGUUUUGAUUGGUUAACCACUAACAAAUCGUCUGCAUCACUGGAUCUUUUAUCAAAUCACAGCAAACUACGUCAAGUCACUCAGAGAAAGUUGUUUGAUCUUGCUAGUAGAACAAAAGUAUUAUCUGUCAAACAACCAAAUGAUAAAGAAUUGUUACUGUGGAGACCAAAGGCAUCACUACAAAGUUACUAUGUUGCCACGAUAGAUAAGCAAUUUUGUGAAUACAGAAAUGAUAAGGCUAGAGUUUUACAUUAA